UGGACAAAUAAGGUAUAUUUCUUUGCCAGGAAAAUGUGAUGCAUCUCUCUGCUGAUAAAUAUGGUGUGGCUCUUUAUCAGAGGCUCCUUAAAUGCAUAAUAAAAUGGCCCAGUGUACACACAUGGGUCACCUGAACCAAUUACCUGUCUGCACACUGAUUUAUCGGUUGAGGGCUUUUUAUGAUGCUUGCUUAGAAGGAGAGAGAUAGAGCGUGAUAAACUCAUAAACCCUGUCAGGCUGAUGCUUUAGUACAGGAUGUGUUGCUGCUGUGUUUUUUAAUGUCAUUUGAGUCAUUCAGUCUCGUUGAUAUUUCCUUUACAUUAAUACUUCUGCCUGUCAUUAAUCCAGUUAGCUGACACAGUGACGUAUGGGACUAGGUAGGCACAUUAUUAGAACUGGAAAACCUAUUUUUUUGUCCAGAAAUUUUGUCCAGAAAUUGUCUUUUAUUUCUUUGAAGCCUCUGUGAAUGACUAACUAGAACUGGGCCUUCAUAUUGUCAUUUCUCUCUUCCCUGGUAUAAAGAGGUUGGGUUAUGUGUGGCUGUUACAGGAUUUUUAUUAACCUGGCUCUUCCAGAUAUUGUGGGACUUUUUCUCCAGUUAGAUUAGCUGAACUGUUCUCUCCUGUUAGCUUUCAGCUAACUGCACCAUUGUUAGGUGGCGUAGACACAGUGCACACCAAGGCAGCUGGGAGUGGAGAAGAUUUUGGGGGCUGUACCAAAAUAACAGCCUAGAAAGCAGCGAAGGACAGAGCCUCUGCAGCUUCCGUUUGUUUUCAGCCUUGCUUCCAGGGAGAUCUGCUCUGUCACCUCAGCUGGUGUGAGCUCAGACCAAAGAAACACCCCAGAGCUUCCUCAGUUCCCAAUUUAGCUGCAAGCAUGUCAUGUUCUCUCCAACUCCCCCGCAGUGCUGGGGACCCUGUCACAAGGACAGAGUCCACAAGCCAUUAGCCUUUUCCUCUCUGCCGGGAAUGUGAGGGAAGGAGUCGAUCCAUCCUAAAAGGUGGUUUUUAAAGCUUUUUGACCCUCUGAUUCAAUUAGUUUUCCCAUAAUAAUUAUUAGAAAGGAGCCCAGGCAUAAUACCAUGACUCUUUUCCCUACAUGCCUGACUUUGAGCUGAAGCAUUUACGGAGCAGAAUGCAAAUUUUUUUGGCCAUAUGUAGCCAUGGUGCAGCUCUGAUUUUUGACCUUGUAUAGGCUCCUUAACCGUGAAGCUCUGGGACGAGACCCCCUCUCUCAAAGACAGUACUUCCCAGGAGCAUGCAGGAGCAGUGUGUAUCACUUUAGAACAGGAAGGGUGACCAGCUCACAGCGUGCCCUUUCCCUCCCUUGCCUGUCGUGCAAAGAGAUUAUGGAGCUACCUUAAAUGAGCUCCGGCUAGGACUCUUAUCUCGGCCUUUGCAAACUAGCAGAAAGUUGAAGUGAUGACAGCAGAUAAGGGUGCUCGCUUUUGAAGCUUAUUGGCUGGUUCUCUGAACUUUUUUUCCCCCCGGAGAGCCAGUCAUUCAGAGGUACAGCUGGCACAGCCUGAUUGUUGUGUCCCACGGAGACCAUGGAGCGGACACGAGGGGCCGGGGUCUAGAAGGGCAGAUCUUGUGUCACGGGCCGGGGUCUAGAAGGGCAGAUCUUGUGUCACCAGCCGGCUCAGCUGUGUCACCUGCCUGGGCACAGGACCUGCGUAACGCCGUCAGCUGAGAGAAACGUAGCCUCCUGCUCUGCUUGACCUUUCUUCACCUUGGAGAAGCGCAGAAUGGAUCGUGGUUGGUAACUGCCCACCUCCUCGGCCUCGGGACAGUGAGGAAAGUUCAGCGGUGCUUGUGGUGGGAGCGAGGGAGCUGGGCUGGUUGGCAGCAGGCUUACACAUUAAACCGUCGAAUCAAACGCGCGCCGCGCUCUGACGAGAAAUGUAACCCGAGCAGAAAGGACACCAGUGUGUUUGAGCACGCUGAGGGAUUCUUGUAUGACUUGUUACUCUUUCAGUGCUGUAGCCUGAGCAGGUCUUACUGGUUUUUUACCGAAGCGGUGGGAGCUGAAUGGGGUGUGGGCUCGUUUCUAUUCGUCCACAAGCAUCUCUACAAUCUUCUCUUCUCUUUUUUAAUUCCCCCCUGGAUAUAAAUCAGAGAAAUUGUGUCCAUCGAGUUUGCUGCCACCUGGGCUCAACCCAGCUGAACCAGUUUUGGAGGAUACCCUUGCUGCAAUCGUCUGGACGUGCUCCUAGGAGGAGAAGAAACUAAAGGAAUUUGGCAUCGUUGCCGUAGUUUGAGGAAAAACAUUCCUUCUGACUUUGGAGAGAGCUACAAAGAGGAUCUGUGUCAUGUCCUGAUCUCCCUCCAUUUUCCUGCUGAGCAUGGGGUAACAGUGUGUGACCAUGGUGGUCACCCAGUUACAGCUGGAACUGUGCUUCCAUGGCAAGAAGCUGAGAGGUUUCACCUGCAAGUUGACCAGCACUGGGAUGUGUUCCGGACAAUUACAGAAGUGUUUAUCCUGGUUCCUGCCUUGGUUGGCCUGAAGGGGAAUCUGGAGAUGACACUGGCAUCCAGGCUCUCCACUGCUGCUAACACUGGACAGAUGGAUGAUGCCCAGAAGCAGUGGAAAAUGGCCACCUGCAAUUUAGCCCUUAUCCAGGUCCAGGCCACUGUGGUGGGACUCCUGGCUGCUGUGGCUGCUGUGAUCCUGGGAGCCAUCUCCAAGGGCUCUGUGGAGCUGAGCCAGGCUGCUGUGCUGUGUGCCAGCAGUGUGACCACGGCCUUCAUAGCUGCACUCUCCCUUGGUCUGGUGAUGAUUGGUGUGAUCAUUGGAGCAAGGAAAGUUGGGAUCAAUCCAGACAACGUCGCCACACCCAUAGCAGCGAGCCUGGGAGAUUUGAUAACCCUUUCCCUCCUCGCAGGAAUCAGCAGCACACUCUUCAAAUACAUAGAUGUGAAGUACCUUUCUCCUCUGAUCUGUGCUGUGUUCAUUGUCAUGAUCCCUCUCUGGGUUGCUAUUGCCAAGCAAAGUCCUUCCCUGGCUGAAGUCCUGAAGUCUGGGUGGCAGCCGGUCAUUGUUGCCAUGAGCAUCAGCAGCAUUGGUGGGCUCAUCCUGGACAAAACUGUAACUGACCCAAACUUUGAAGGCAUGGCAGUUUUCACACCUGUGAUUAAUGGUGUUGGAGGGAAUCUGGUGGCCAUCCAAGCUAGCCGAAUUUCUACAUUCCUGCACUUCUGGAGCAUGCCUGGAGUUUUGCCGUACAAGAUGAGGCAGAACUGGCCCAACCCAUGCACCACAUUCUUCUCAUCAGGGGUGAAUUCCAAGUCAGCCCGGGUCCUGUUCCUCCUGGUGAUCCCAGGGCACCUCGUGUUCCUCUACACCAUCCACCUGCUGCAGGGAGGCCACACAUCCCUGUCCUUCACCUUUGUGAUGUUCUAUCUGGCUGCUGCUUUGCUGCAGGUGGGGAUCCUGCUCUACGUGGCUGACCUGAUUGUGCGCCUGAUGUGGAGGAAGGCUCUGGACCCAGACAAUUUCUCCAUCCCCUACCUCACUGCCCUGGGGGACCUCCUGGGCACUGGAUUCCUGGCCAUCUGUUUCCGCCUGGUCUGGCUCAUCCAUGGCACAGACAUGAACCUGGGCAACUGAGAGUCCCCGUGCUGCUCUCAUCCCUCGUGUGACACGGUGCUUCCCUGCGGGCCACGGGGUUGCCUGGCACUCCGUGCUGGCUCACCUGGCUGGGCUGGGCCUCCCCUGCCACCCUGCCACCCACCUGCCCUCCCCACCGUGCCUUACAGCCCCGAGGAAUCAGCACCCACAAACUCCUGCCCUUGCAAGGGAGCAAAGCGGGUUUAAGGAGCACCCCCUGCUCACACCUGCACCUGGCAAACAGGGCAACAAGGAGCAUUUGGGCCACUGGGGAGGAAGGAAGGAAGGAGCAUUUGGGCCGUGGUCUCAAUCCCCAGCACUGAGACAGCCCCGAGGCUGCUCCAAAGCCUGCCGAGCUCACUGCGUCUGAUCCUGCAAGUGGAUGUUGCAGCCCCUCCAUCAGACUCUGACUUUCUACCAAGGGAAAUUCUUUAUUCACCCCACUUCUCUCCUGCUCCUGGAGUAGCAGAGCAACCAGGUCAGAGGCUCAGGAUCUGAGGCAAUGAGCUGCUGGCUCAUGCCCAGUGGGAGGUUACCUAGGGAUACCACCUACCUGCCCUGACAGCAUCGCUGGUGUCUGACCAGAAAGCUGGUUAGAUUGCGUUUUGGGGGCAGGAAGGUUUGUUUUUACGGUUUAUGAAAUGUCCAGUAGUUAAAAUGUUUAUAGAAACGCACACAUAAAUAAAGUGGGUAAAAAAAAAAAAAAAGAGUAA